UCCCCCCCUCCUUCUCUCUCUCUCUCUCGCUCUCUCUCUCUCACCCCUAAACUCUCAAAGUAGCCAGAGAAGCGAAAGAGAAGAGAAGCUGGAGGAUCAACAGGCAGCCUGACAGUGUGCCUGCUCUCUGUGCUACACACUGAGCCUGGUGGGAGUCUACGGAGCAUGGAAAUGACUUUGGUUGCUUUUCGAUCAACUCACGGUCACGUGGACGUACUUCAGUCGACUUCUCUUGUUGAUGCUCUAAACAUGCACAGGUCUCACAGCACAGAGCCCAGGGAGGCUGUCUCCAGAGGAUUAUAAGGACCCAAACAUGAAAACAAAUCUUUGCUUUAUAGAGGAGAAACGUCUGCAAAGAUGAACCCAGAAUCCCUGGACUCGUCCAUCCAGGGUGCCCUCUCGGCCCUCUUCCCACCGUUCGAGGCCACGGCGCCCAUCGUACUCAGCCAGCUGUUUCGCACCAUCGAGGAGCGUUACCACGGCGACGCGUUACAGUGCCUGCUGGACUUCCUCAUCCCCUCCAAACACCUGCUGGAGAGUGUGCAACAAGCGGCAUGUGCCGGAUACUCCGACGUGGUGUUCCGCUGUGAGGGCUGGCCUCUGUGUCUCCGAGACAAGACCAUCAUCCAGUUGGCGCCCGUGAACCCGCUGCUGCUGCGCCCCGGAGACUUCUACCUGCAGGUGGAACCUUUCGGGGACCAAGCGGCUCGCGUCGUCCUCAAAAGUCUUCUGGAGGAGGGUCGUCGAGAGGUGGAGGAGACCCCCGUCCCCGAGGCUUCCUACCCCUGCAUCUUCACCGAGGAGUGGCUGCGGGACGUCAACGAGGGGCGCCACGGGACGCCUCUAUCGCGCUGCUUACUUUGCACAGAUCAAGGAGUAGUCAAGUUGCCCUGGGUGGAAAUCGCCAUCCCGGAGUUUUUAGACAAGCCCAAGAUCAUGCCUACUUAUCGGGAAGCUCCUCCCGAGCCCAAGCAGAUCCCAGUACCCUCCCUUUUCAACUCCUCCACCCUGCCGAUGGAAGCCAUUUUGGUUCCUGCGAAACACAGGAUGCCAGCAUCUUUGAGGCCCGUGCACUGCUCCUCCAAACUUGUCAAAAUGGAUCACGAGAGGCGGACCUCCAAGUCCUGCUCCAGAUCUUUAAUCAAACCCGUGGGUUGGGUUUCUCCCAAUACCUGGGACAGUCACAACUAUCGGGGGAUUGAGGGUGAUUAUGUAGACCUGGUGGAUAUUGCCACAGGCAAGGAGCUUGUAAAUAAACCGAGAAGCAGCCAUCCACAUCCACCUAAUUCCGUUGUGUUCAAACCCGUCAGACCGCCGCCGCCUGUCCCUCUUGGGACUAGCGUUCCCUGUGGAAGCACCCUUCGGUGUGCAGAGGAGCCUUGUCCCCCAUGCAGCCAGAGCCGGCUGGAGCACGAGCCCGCCGACCCAGACUUAAAGUGUCGGUACAGAGACUCGUACGUGGCCGCACUGAGAAACCCGGUGGCCUUCGAGAGGGGCAGCGUAGACCUCAUGGCCGCCCUGGAGGAGGGCGGCCUCUGUGAGGAAGGAGAGUUGAGAGUCAAGGUUGCAUUUGAAGCUCAAAGAGACAAACUCGGACACUUUUGUAAGCACUGUAACAAACCGGUGAUGAGAAGCGAGCUGUGCCAGCACCGACACUGCUGUGAACCGGAAAGCUGCGCGUCUCACCUCCAAGACCUUCCUGCGACUUCGGAACCGGAACACGUCAUGAAGGAAUCGCCCGUGAUCUUUAAAUCAACCCCUGGUUUGAGCCAGAGUCACAAGGUGCAGAUGAAACUCAUUUCCCACCAAUCGGGACCAAAUGCUGCCGUGCGUCCGGAAUCAGACGGCGACAUCAAACCACCUCAGAAGGUGGAGGUCGUGAAACCAUCGGGGAAACACAAAGUCAAGGGGAGGUCUCUGUCCACCGUGUCAGAGACCUCUAAAGGGAGCCCACUCCUCUAUAAAGUCAACACCAGGAGCCACAGUGACAUCUGCCCUGAAACCAUCUCCAGCAUCAUACAGUGCAAGAAGGCCGAACUGUUGGAUCAGGUGACCCUGAAGCUGGAACGACUGAAGUCCCCUAAAAAAGACUCACACUCACACAGGAGUGAAACUCCCUCCAGCGCAGACGGACCCGACUCCAAACUCCAUAACUCAAAGAUGGAGAAGCCGUCUCUUGCACAAGUCCAACUUCUACCUGCAAGUUCCGACUCUGCUCCGCCUCCUCAGACCGAGGAGUCGGGCUUCAGAGGCGUCCGCGGGAUGCUUGAACUGGGAAUUAUCUGUUUGCCAGGCAGCAGGGACAAGACGGGCAGGGCCGUCGUGGAGGUCCAUGGAGGCCGAAAGGAGUGGACGUCCACUCUAGUGUCCGUCCAGAGUGUCUGUAAACUACUGCUUUACUUACACUCCAUACCGAGGAAAGAGGUUCGCGAGCUGGGAAUGACUUUGGUCCUCAAUGCCAGGAGGAAGCCUCCUUCACUGCACCUCUACAGAGCUCUGCUGAUGGCCCAGGAGCAAGCUCUCCACGCCGUGCACAGCAUCGUGAUGCUAGUGGAUAAAGACACUUGUCCUCGACCUGAGAAACAGCCGGGGUUGCAGAUGGACGUGGUGACUUCUAUGAAAGCCCUGAACAAGACAGUUGAAGCUUCCCAGCUGACCUCUGACCUCGGAGGGACCUUUACUUACAGUCAUACCGACUGGCUGCAGUUCCAUCAGAGGCUGCUUUCCUUCCUGGCUGAGCUGCGAGGAGCAGACAUCUUGUUGCAGAAGGCCAUCAAGAAAGUGGACGGCAGCAAGGCGACCGACUCCGCCCAGGAAGUGCAGCAAUGCAUCCAGGAGCAGAAGGCCUCAAUGAAGGAGGUGCUGGAAGACUCUCGACUGGUUACCCUGCAACGAGAAGGAGGGGCCGCUCUGGCCCGGAUGAGGAGAGAGGAGUUCAGGUUUCCCCUCUCUGAGGACUACAGAGAUGCUCUGGAGUCCGUGACCAGUCUGUACAACCAGGUGGAGGAGAAGCUCCACACUCUGGUCAUGAGAUCGAACGAGUCCCUGCAGCACCUCGACUUCCUCUUCAAGCUCAGAGAGAUGGAGGCCACGAUCAGCACGGCCGGGGUGUGGUUCGACGCAGAAGGCGAGCAGACACUGAAGCGCUCAACCGAUGACACCCUGCUGUGCACGGAAAAGGCCUCGCAGCACUUUGACGUGUUUCACGCUCAGUCGAAGGACAAACAUCAGCGCGCCUUGAGCCUGGUGGCGGAGGCCAAGGCACUCGUUGGCACGAGUGAUCCCAGUCCUGCAACAGAUGUUUUUCGCACUCUGGUCAGCACUUUCAAAUCCAACAUGGAUGACUUUAUGCUGCGGGCCGAACAACAGCGCAAAGAACUGGAGACAGCGGUGCACAUGCACCGCUUCUCUGAACAGGCAUCUGCCCUGGCCAAGGAAUGCAGUCAUUUUUUGGAGCAGGUAGAGCCGGGGUGUUACCCAGCUCAGACCCUGAGAACACUCCAGAUGUAUGAAGAGAGAUUAGGUGGCGAAUUCUCCACCCUGCACUUCCAGGCUCUGAAAGCCAAGGCCUGUGCCGGGGCCUCGGGGGUGAUGGGAGUCUGGAAUGCAGCCCGGAUCCAGUGCCAAGAAGUUGGGCAGCGUCUUAAAGAGAUGCAACAGAAAGAGAAAGGAGUAGAUAAGAACCAGAUCCAUCAGAUCACAGCCGCAAACCCUCAAGGGGAAGUCGGAGGAAUGGAGAAGGAGGAGAAAAGGAGCGAGGCGGGGGAGGACGGUUGCUCCCUGACCCAGCAGCCGACCUCUCAGAAAGAGGAGGUCCAUGCACCAGAAAGCAAAGGCGAAAGCACCACUGAGGCAUGCGUCAGCCAUCAUGUAAAACCGGACUUGAAAGGAGAACAUCAAGUGCAGGAAUUACAUGAAGGCGCAAUUAAAACUGAGAAAAUUGAAAAAGAGAAAUUCACACAAAACAUUGACUGUCAUCCAGAAACCAGGUGGGGGCCCAGAGAGCACCGCAGCGAGGCCGAUCUGAGGAGCUCAGUCGAAGGGGGCGUCAGCUUUCCACCGCACCGCCCUGUGGGUCGGUCCCUGAGCGAGGGCGCAAGCGUUGGCUCCGGUUUGACGAGCAUCUCUGGCUUUUCCCCGUUGAAUGUGAGACACAAACACUGUCGGGGUCAAAAUCUGCAGCCCGUCCAAAAUCUCCCCGCUUCCCACAACGAGAGUUCACGGUCGGGAAACCUGAGCCCUGAGUCAAAGGGAGACAGCAAUGAGGAGGGUGGAGGAUGCACAGUCCUCACCCAGAGCCCUCAAGCGUUGAGGACCUCAGAGACAUUACUCACAGCAAAAGAAAACAAAGGCAGCAAUGUUGUGAAGGUGCGCAUGAUCAUGGAGGAGCUGCUGUCCACAGAGAGGGAGUACGUGAAGGCCCUGGGUUACGUUCGAGAGCACUACUUCUCCGAGCUGGAGAGGCCCGACGUUCCUCAGGACCUCAGGGGCCAGGGGGGGAGCGUCUUCGGCAACUUGGAAAAACUCCACGACUUCCACCGCCAUCAUUUCCUUCGCGAGUUGGAGAGCUGCGCGACGGAACCCUUCAGGGUGGGGCGCUGUUUCCUACGACACAGGGAGAGCUUUGCUUUGUACGCCCUUUACAGCAAGAACAAGCCGCAGUCUGAUAGCCUGCUCAUGGAUCAGGGACAGGCUUUCUUCAAGCACAAGCAGCUGCAGCUGGGGGAUAAGAUGGACCUGUGGUCCUACCUGCUGAAGCCCGUGCAGCGCAUCAGUAAGUACAGUCUGCUGCUGCAGGACGUGAGGAGGGAGUGCGGCCCGGCACAAACCCGAGAGACGGCUGAGGUCAAGGCUGCCCUGGAGGUCAUCCACUUCCAACUCCACCACGGCAACAACCUGCUGGCCAUGGACGCCAUCCACCACUGUGACGUUAAUCUGAAGGAGCAGGGCCAGCUGAUACGCCAGGAUGAGUUCAUGGUCACGUUCAGGAAGAAGAAAUGUCUACGCCACAUAUUCCUGUUCCAAGAGCUCAUUCUCUUCAGCAAAACCAGGAAGACGGACGUGGGAAAUGAAACGUACAUCUACAAACAGUCCUUCAAGACAUCAGAUGUGGGCAUGACCCAAAACAGCGGCGACAGCGGGCUGUGCUUUGAGAUCUGGUUCAGGAAGAGGAAGACGCAGGACACGUACACGCUGCAAGCAGGCGGCCGGGAGGUGAAGGACUCCUGGACCAGAGACCUGGAGCGGAUCCUGUGGGAGCAGGCGGUCCACAACCGAGACGUCCGUAUGCAGGAGAGAGUGUUCAUGGGGAUUGGAAACAAGCCGUUCAUGGACAUCCAGCCCAGUGACGCAGCGAUCAACGACAGAGCCGUCAGCUGUGCGAUGAUGGGGAGAGAACACAGGGUGCGGUCCUCGAUGGGGUCGAGUGAUUCACGGGACGGACUUCGGCCAACAUCUGUCGGUUCAGGAUGCAGUUCGUCUUCCUCGUCUUCCUCGGGAAGAGGUUCUCUGGUGGGCUACAUGUGUGGGCCGAAGUGGAGGGGGGCUGGAGGGGGCCUCGGAGGGGGCCUCGGAGGAUACGUAUGCCCUCCUGGAGCUCUGGAAGAGGACGACCUGGACCACGAGAGUGGGAGCCACAGCUUACUGUUGGACAGCUCCGAGUCGUCCGGAGAGAGCGUGAGCGGCUUCAGCAGCUCCAGCCACAGCUACCACUCUGCAACCGGAGGAGAGGUGGAGGACGCCUCCGCGGUCUCGGCCUCCGCGGUCUCGGCCUCCGCGGUCUCGGCCUCCGCGGUCUCGGCCUCCGUCAUCACUGUGAAGGAGACAGCGGCCGCUCUGGCCGGACCCCCCGAAAGAACCCCACCGGCAGUUGCCCCCAAGCCAAAGACCAGACCACAAGACCGGGCCCGGGAUCCGCUCCGUGGCGAGGUUCAAAACACUAGUGUUGGAAAAUCCACUGAGGUUUGACCUGUGAUGUGCUCCUAUGGAUUUGGAGGCAACCCAAGAAAAGCUGUCUCUCGGUGUCAGCGUUGAAGAUGAAACUAUUAAAACACACCUCCUUUCAUACCAGCUGUUACUCCAUUACCAUUCUGUAAAUACAUGUUCUUUUUUUACUCUCACCACUAAAACAACAUGUCUGUAAAUGUACUGAUACGUGUUGAACGUUGCAUAGUGCAGUCAGUGUAGUUUCAUAGCUCUUUGAGUCGGUUACGUGCUAUUUAUAACAUCAAUAAACUCAUAAUCCUGCACCGUCCUGAUGGCAUUGAGGUCUUGUGGAGGUCUGGAAACACCUUCAUGUCCUAAAGGUGUUUCCUUUAGUGCAGAUCUAUCUAACUCAAUACAUAUGUGUCCUACUUAUUUCCUUGAAAAUAAAAAGUCCUUUUUAAAAAUUGUAUUAUUAACCAUUUUGUGUGAAGUAAUAUUUUACUGGAAUCGAGAUAUGUAACAUCUGAAAAUACAGAACAUUUGCAGUG